UACAUAGAUUGAAAAAAAAGAAGCAGGCUAAAGCCCCUAUUGAUGAUAUUUGGAGACACUGAAGAUGUUCUCUGUGAUUUCUGGUCAUCAUCGCUGGUGGAGUGGGCUUCAGAGGAGACUGUGGCAGAAUCACCUGGUCCCAGCAGGGCAGUGCUUUCAGUGUGUGCACAUAAGGGUUGGAGACCGUGCUGAGCUCAGCAGAGCCUUCACACAGCAGGAUGUGGCUACCUUCUCCAAGUUAACAGGAGAUGACAAUCCUCUGCAUCUAAGUGAAGAUUAUGCAAAACACACCAAGUUUGGAAAGACAAUUGUGCAUGGAGUUUUGAUAAGUGGACUUAUUUCUGCUCUUCUGGGUACUAAAAUGCCAGGGCCAGGCUGUGUGUUUCUUUCUCAGGAAAUUAAAUUUCCAGCCCCUUUAUAUACUGGAGAAGAGGUCUUAGCAUCUGCAGAAGUGAAGAGGCUGAAGCAAUUGGUUGCUGUUGUUGCGGUGUCCUGCUGUGUAGUAGAGAGUAAGAAGACAGUUAUGGAAGGUUGGGUAAAAGUUAUGGUCCCAGAAGCUCCUGAUGCUGAAAUGCAAAUUUAAAGUUGUAAGUUCAAACACCUGUGCUCAGUGUCAAAUGACAAAUGGGGAUGUGGGCUGUUGCUGUAUACUCGGAAGUCAUGUAGGGAAGGAGAGCAAGUCGACAGUUUGUUUCAAUGUCUACUUUUUAUUUUAACUUUAUGCCUUGUCCAGACUUAAGCAUGUACAAGAUUUCAUCGCCUUUGGAGGUUUGGUUUUUUUUUUUUGUUUUUUUUUUUUUUGUUUUUUUUUUGUUCUUUUUUUCCAAUUAUAAAACAAUUGAGAGGGGCUGAAGGAAUUUAAGAUCACUGGCUGCUCUUCCAGAGGAUCUGGGUUUAAUUCCUGGCACUCCCAACUGUUUGUAACUCCAGAGUCAAGGGAUCCAACACCGUCUUCUGGCCUCUGCAGAAACUACAUGCAUAUAGUACACAGGCAUACAUGCAGGCAAAACAGCCACACAAACACAAUAACAAUAAAAUAAAAAUAUUUUUUUAAAAGUGGGAAAGCUAUCUACGUUUUACUUUCAGAAUUUCAAACAUAGUUAUAUUUGUAUUUGAUAACACCUACCUCUAUCUGUGUUGAAGGUUCUUGUGGAUUAUACCACCACGAAUUUAGUUAUUAACUGCAAUGAUGGAAGUCAGAUCAUCUUGGAACACCUAUUCUUUCCUGUUUUCAUAAACCCUUUCUCAGUGAUUUCUGGACUAGGGUUAUAAUUCCUUACUGUUUACACCAACAUGUAAUCUUGUGCUGGAUGUGGUGGCACAAUCCUUUACUCCCCACUUGAGAGGCAGAGGCCAGGUGGAGCUCAAGGCCAGCCUGCUGUGCACAGCAAGUUCCAGCACAGCCAGGGCUACAGAAAGAGACUCUGUCUCAAAAAACCAAAACUGCCAUCGACUUCAACCGUCUAUGUGACUUGCCCGGGUAGCUUUUGCUGUUAUGGGAGAGGGAUUUACGUGCAGCCUUGACUCAGUUAUCAACUCCAAUACUGUGCAGCACUGUUGGAAAUAAUAGAAACCUAGAAGUAAGCCCAGAGCCAGGCCUAUAAAUAAUAGCCAACAUUAUCUUCCCACCCCGGCCUCCCAUGAAUGAGGUUAGGGGUUUUUCUGAAUUUGAAGCUGGCUGAACAGUUGAACAGUUGAACAGUUGAACAUGUUGGCAUGUCGAUUUUUCAGGGAGUAGGCCAAUCUCUGUUAGUAUUUAGACCUGGAGAGAAGACUGAGGUGCAAAGGAUCUUUUUUUAAAGGGCUCUGAUUCUUUCCCUGUCUUGAAAAUGUGGGUCUAUAUUAAAACCAAAACAUCAGCUGGGCAGGCAGUGGUGGUGCACACCUUUAAUCCCAGCACUUGGGAGGCAGAG